AAGCUGGAUUUUCUCCUGCUGUUAUAGACUAUAUAUGUUUAUUUUAUGCCAGGAAAGAAUUGACUGUUAGGUAUGGUAUCUUUAUGGCUCUGUGCACCAUCGCUGGUGCAUUUACUGGUCUUCUUGCAUAUGGAAUAGUUCAAAUACGAGGAGCCUCAUUAAAAAGUUUUCAAAUGAUAUUUUUAAUUGAGGGUAUUCCAACUAUUAUUCUUGCUGUAGUUGUCGCUGCAUUCUUCACUAAAGGUCCUGCCAAUACUCGUUUUCUCACUCCUAAAGAACGUCUUUACACCAUUAAUCGUCUUAAACCAGAAGGUGGUGUUGACGAGGAAGAUCGUAGUUUUGUUAAAUCUCAAGCUAUAAGCGCGUUUCUUGAUCUCAGAGUUUACGCUUAUAUAUUAGCUACAACUUUGGGAGCAAUUCCAUUUAAUGCCCUUAAUUAUUUCCUUCCAACUUUAGUGGGCCAACUUGGUUUUAAUCCUGUGGACACUCAAUUAAUGAGCGUACCACCAUUUGUAAUAGCAACUGUUGUAAUGCUGAUAUUUUCUUGGUUAGCCGAUAAAUACCAAGUCAGAGCUGUACCUAUUAUGGUUGCUGAUAUCAUUGGCAUCGCAGGAUGUGCAGGAAUGGUAGCAACAUCUGCUAUUGAUCCAAGUUUAUACAAAUUACGUUAUUUUUUCACAACACUUGUGGCAUGUGGUGUAUAUACACAACAAACGAUAGUUUACAGUUGGCUUACUUGCAAUAUUGUUGGUCAAUAUAAACGCAACGUAACGAUUGCAGCAGCUCUUACCAUCGGUAAUGUUGGGGGCGUGAUUGGAAUUCUACUCUUCCAACGAACCAUGGCUCCUGCAUUUAAUGACGGGCUGACAGUGUCCUUGAGUGCGUUGAUUGCUCAAUUUGUUUUAGCUCUUGGGAUGAAAUUUCAUUUGGAAUAUGAGAAUAAAAGACGUGAUUUGGCCAUAUUAUCCAAUAAUAAGGUUCAAUUAAGUGAAAAUGAAAUAAAAGAUACUAAGUUAAUUAGAGAAAAGGCUGCAAAAUUAGUGGAUCAUGAACCAAAAUUCGACGAUAUUUUGUGCGAUUCACAUCCUAAUUGGAGGUAUAUUGGCUAG